UUGUUAUUUGGUCGUUUUGACCGAAAUAGUGACCAUAUGGCCACAGCUAAGCUUGGCAACAGCGGCGGCCUCAGCUUCAUGAUUUGUUGACUGCUAAAGAAAGCCGCUUGCGUCGGAGUGUUCUUGCUGGGAUUACUCUGUAUUUUGUUUAGUUUACAGUGAAAGUUUUUAUCGAGCACAAUGUCGGUCGCGUUUGCUACCCGAGGGCGCCCACCCUCUAGCCCUGCUCCUCCGCAUGUUCAAAAGAUGCUUGAUGAAAAUAAUCAUUUACUCCAGACCAUUCAGGACUAUCAAAACAAAGGAAUGGCCAAGGAAUCUAUGCAGUAUAUUGAAAUUCUUCAUAGGAACUUGGUUUAUCUUGCAUCUAUCGCUGAUGCUGCUGAAUCCACGUUGCCGCCUAUUCCUCAACUCGGCGGAGACCCUCCCAGCGCUACUCAAGGUCCACCACCCUCUGCAUCACAUCUAGGUGGUUAUGGCGCCCAACAAGGUGGAGCGUAUCGUGGUCAGCAAGGAAUGCCAAGGCCAGGAUCUGUGACAGCAGGCUCUAGACCUCAACAGUAUCGAGGUGGCCCCCAAGGGUACCCUCCUCAAGGUGGUCAACAAGGAUAUGCAGGACAGUAUCCAGGCCCAGGGCAGGGUUAUCCACCAUCUGGGCAGCAAAGCCAAAGUGGUCAGGCUCCUGGAGGAUAUUCUGCCUCUGGAGCUCCGCAAGGGUAUGGUGGCCCACCUCCAAGCCAGCAAAGUUAUGGUGGUCCGCCUCCUUCAGGCCAGCAGCCUGGCUAUGGUCCGCCACCCUCAGGUCAACAGGGAUAUGGUCCACCACCUCCUAGCCAACAACCCCCUGGGUCUGCCUACGGCCCACCGGGCAGCCAGCAGCCUGGCUAUGGCCCUCCGCCUCCAGCAGGCCCGCCGUCCCAGCAAGGCGGGUACCCAGCCCCCAGCAGUGGUGGCCCCCAGGGCAGCUACCCAGGCACCCCGGGCUACGGUGCACCCAACUACGGCCCUGGCUCGCAGCCUGGCUCCCAGCCGGGGCCUGCUGGCAGCUACAGUGGCUCUGGACCGCCGUCCAGCUACCCUGGGCAAGGCGCCCAAGGGUACGGCGCGGCGUCAGGCCAGUACCCCAACAGCAGCCAGCCCAGCCCCGGCCGCGGCUCGGGGCCGACGUCCACGGCGCCGACCUACGCGGCGGCCUCCAGCGGGGCGCCUCCCAGCCAGAGCUACCCGCCGGCCAACCAGCCGAGCCACCAGCCGGGCCACCAGUCUGGACCGGGCUACACGCCGACGUCUGCACAGCCCCCGCAGCCAGGACAAGGCCAGCCGCCGUCCAGCCAGGCGUCCGGCGCACCGACGCCCGGCUCUUUCCCACCCUCGACCCAGUCGACGCCGAGCGGGCCGCCCCCACCAGCGAGCGGACCGCCCGGACAGGGACAGCCCUCGGCGUACAGCCCGUCGGCCUCUCAGACGUACGCACCGUCGCCACAGGCCGGGCCAGGGCACCCCUACCCUCAGCACCCGCAGCACCACGGCUACCCGGCACACCCUCAGCACGGCCAACAUCCCCAGCACCCCCAACACCCCCACAGCUAUCAGUCGUAUCCGCCACCACCAGGCCCUGGCCAGAGCUAUGGCCAGUACCCUCGGCCCCCAUCCUCGCAAAUGCCCCCGCCUGGCCCCCAGGGUCCUCCGCCUCCGCAAGGAUCUUUCGGGUCGUAUGACCAGAGCAGAUUCCCUGGAUAUCAGCCUCCACCACAGUAGAGCAGCCGACAAUAUCUUGGACUGCAUCGAUUUGGGAGCUUGCUUUGACGCUAGCUCAACUGGGCUUAGGUAUUGUGCAUUAAUAACUGUAUCGUGUACGUAACUUAUCUUCUCUCUUAUUUAUUGACUUGUGUGGCUUGUACUUCGACUUCGGUCUGACAAAGGUCAACAUGAAUUAUCUUUAAAAAUUCAUAUGCAUGGUGCAUACUAUGGUUUUGUAAAUGUACAGAGAUAGGAUUUCUUGUCAUAGAAAUUUAUAUUUUGAAGAUUUAAUUCCUCAUCAAUUCUGUGUGAAUACCCUUGUAAUAUGUUUUUGUGUAGGAUUUUUCCCUGAAUUUUUUGUUAUUUUAAAAAAAUAACUACACCCAUAGUUGGUACUCUGUUUUUCAUGACCUCUUGUAGGGUUUGAAAGGUCACAUUUUUUAAAUAUAAUUAUUAUGCUGUACAGUGUAUCAACUGAGUGUAAGCUUAGCUGGCCUGUUUUAAGUGUCUAUUAGGCUCUCAAAUUUCCCUUGCAUAGUAUUAUUAAGUGAUGUGUUGUACCACUGUAUUGUGGUUGGUGCCCAGUGUGUAAAGUCGCUUUAGUGAGACCAACAUUUCUAUUGGUAAAGGUUUAUGAUAUCUUCAUUCCACAGAAACAUUUUUUUUGUAUCUUGUUAAUUUAUUUGAUUCAGUAGCUGCCGUGAUGAUGUAGGUACUGUAUAUUGAAAUCUACUUUCACUUGAACGACUUUUCACAUCUGAAUUUGAGUAUCCAAGAGACUGAACUCCCCUAAGACCGAAAGUAUGUUUGAAAUGUCUUUGCCUGAUUUGUUAUAAUUUGUUAUACGCAAUGGAACUCAGGAAAUGUUUGCUCUUAAGAUACUAUAUUCAUCACCUUUUAGAAGAAAAUCCCUGUAAAUAGUUUGUAUGUGUUAAGGCAGUUAGAUUUAAAAUUAUGGUUGUUCACUGUACGUAAGGAAAGACUGUGAUAUUUUUAUUAUGGUUGGCAUGACAGUUACAAACAGAAAUGUUAAGAGUAAAAAUCCAACUUGUACUUUGUAACCUAUUCUUCAAAACUAAAAGUUAUUAGUUUCCUUUAGAAGUGAUAUGUUAUACACUUUCCAUUUUUACAAAAAUACAUAUGAACCUCUCUUAUAUUUAUUUCUUUAGAUGUGGAGUUGUUUCUUUUGUGUAUUUUCAUUCCUCCACCUGUUAUUCUUGUAAACCCAGGGAAUCCUGGAUAUCUGUGUACCUAAUACUUGCUUUUAGUGCAACUGUUUCCCUAAGCAAGUGAUGCAGUACUUAGGAAGUUACUUUACUUGAUUUUGAACAUAAGGAAGACUGGCCUUAAUGGACAUAGUUCAUAUUUGUGGUAAGACUUUAAUUUCCUAUAGUGUACCUUUUUUGCCUAUUGUGUUUAGAGGUAGUGAAGUUGGUGCAGUGAUGUGCAUUUAAUGUUACAUCUGCCUGUUAAAAUCUGUGUGUAACUGUGUGCCAUCAGUACCAUUAGUAAAUGAAUAAAAUAUUUAGUGUGCUGUGCAA